AUGGCAGCGCUUCAUGUGCAUCUGGGGGAGGACAAAGUGUCGACUGAAUAUGCAGCUGCCAUAUUAAGAGGAGAAAUCACCCUGCUGCCCUCAGACGUGUGCAGGAAGUGUGUGACUGAGGUGUGCAGAGCAUCAUCUCGUCUUCUGAUGCUGGCAGCCUGCAUCUCUCUUCCUGUGCCUUACAUAUUCAUAGAGGCUGAUGAGGCCAUCAUCACUGGCCUGCUGCCUGAAACCACAUAUUCAGUGACUGUGGCGGCAUACACCACUAAGGGAGAUGGAGCACGCAGCAAAGCUAAAGUGGUGACCACAACAGGGGCUGUUCCUGGCAAGCCCACCAUGAUCAUUAGCACCACCAUCGGGAACACAGCUCUGAUCCAGUGGCAGCUGCCGAAAGAGAUGGUGGGCGAACUGAUGGGCUACAGACUGCACUAUAAGCGUGAAGAGGAGGAGACUUACAACACCCGUGACUUCAGACGCACCGACGACCACUUCACCGUCACUGGCCUGCACAAGGGCGCCACCUACAUCUUCAAGCUCUGCGCCAAGAACCGCGCGGGAAACGGAGAGGAGUACAUUAAAGAGAUCAGCACCCCAGAAGACGUCCCCAGCAGUUACCCACAAAACCUCAGAGUGGUGGGCCUGACAACCACCACCACCAAACUGGCCUGGGACCCUCCGCCUCUGCCUGAGAGGAACGGGAAGAUCAUACGUUACGUGGUGGUGUACCGUGACAUCAACAGCCAUCAAAACCACACCAACGAUACCGCCGAGAUGCAAAUGACCAUCCAGGGUCUGCAGCCGGACACCACCUAUGACAUCAGGGUGACGGCGUUCACGGGUAAAGGAGGGGGUCCGAUCAGCCCCAGCAUCCAGAGCAGAACCAUGUCUACAUCCAUGCCUGAGUUCACUAAAAACUUUGGUGUGAAAGCUGUGAUGAAGACCUCUGUCCUGCUCACGUGGGAGGUGCCAGAAACCUACAAGUCCCAAGUGCCUUUCAAGAUCCUGUAUAACCAGCAGAGCGUCGAGGUACAGGGCGACCUGAAGAGGAAGUUGAUCACGCGCCUGCAGCCGGACACGGAUUACUCCUUUGUGCUGAUGAGCCGUGGGAACAGCGCCGGCGGACUGCAGCAGCAGGUCUCCAUCCGCACCGCCCCGGACCUGUUCACCACCAAACCGGCCCUUCACAAACAAGACCCAGAGGAGGGCGGCAAACUCACCAUCACUCUGCCCAAAAUACACAACAGCGCCCUCAUCAGUUGGUUUUAUAUAGUGGUGGUGCCAGUUACUACAUCCACUCUACGCCGUUGGGAAAACCCGGAGGAUAUGGAUCUGGAUGAGCUUUUGGGGAGUAAUGGAGACUCAGGUGUGAGGAAGAGAAGGAGGAGACAAACUCAGGACUUCCUGCGACCUUACAUCGCUGCCAAGCUGGAGUUUCUUCCAGAAACCUUCGUGUUAGGAGACGGGAAAACCUACAACAGCUUCUAUAACAAACCUCUACCUGGACAGCAGCAGUAUCGCACAUUUAUACUGGCGGCACUGAAAGACCGGGACUCGAUGUUCACGGUGAGCCCUUACUCUGAUCCCAUGAUGGUGAAGCUCCACAGCGGGAUGUCCCAUCACGUUGAGGACCCAGAGAUGCUGUGGGUGAUGGGACCAGUGCUGGCCGUCGUCCUCAUCAUCAUCAUCGUCAUCACCAUCCUGCUCUUCAAGAGCAAACAGGAGAGGAAGCGGUCCUCUCCCUCGGCUAAAGAUGAGCAUUCGGCUGGAGUUAAAGAUCACUUACUGGCCCACUCCUCUGACCCGGUGGAAAUGAGGAGGCUCAACUAUCAAACACAAGGAAUGCGGGAACACCCUCCAAUUUCUGUCUGUGCUUUGGCUGACCACAUUGAGCGGCUGAAAGCCAACGACGGCCUACACUUCUCACAGGAAUAUGAGUCUAUUGACCCUGGCCAGCAGUUCACCUGGGAAAACUCCAACCUAGAGGUCAACAAGCCCAAGAACCGCUAUGCAAACGUCAUCGCUUACGAUCACUCCAGAGUCGUGCUGAUCCCCACUGAUGGUAUACCGGGGAGCGACUACAUCAAUGGAAACUACAUUGACGGCUACCGCAAGCAGAACGCUUACAUGGCCACUCAGGGUCCUCUGCCCGAGACGUUCAGUGACUUCUGGAGGAUGGUGUGGGAGCAAAGGGCCAGUACUAUCAUCAUGAUGACCAGACUGGAGGAGAAGAGCAGGGUGAAGUGUGAUCAGUACUGGCCGAGCCGUGGAACAGAGACAUACGGCAUGAUUCAGGUGUCCAUGCUGGAUACGGUGGAGUUAGCCACCUACAGCGUCAGGACCUUCGCUCUCUAUAAGAAUGGGUCCAGUGAGAAACGGGAAGUUCGGCAGUUCCAGUUCAUGGCCUGGCCGGAUCAUGGCGUUCCCGAAUACCCCACACCAAUUUUAGCCUUUCUACGCAGGGUCAAGGCCUGCAACCCACCUGACGCCGGACCCAUGGUGGUGCACUGCAGCGCUGGCGUGGGUCGGACAGGCUGUUUUAUCGUAAUCGAGGCCAUGCUGGAGCGGAUGAAGCACGAGAAGUCGGUGGAUAUCUAUGGUCACGUGACCUGCAUGCGCUCUCAGAGGAACUACAUGGUGCAGACAGAAGAUCAGUAUAUCUUCAUCCACGAGGCCCUGCUGGAGGCUGCCACCUGCGGGAACACAGAGGUCCCGGCGCGGAGCCUGUACACACACAUCCAGAAACUCACGCAGGUGUCGCCCGGAGACACCGUCACUGCCAUGGAACUGGAGUUUAAGAAACUGGCCAACUCCAAAGCACACACCUCUAGAUUCAUCAGCGCUAGUCUGCCUUGCAACAAAUUCAAGAACCGACUGGUCAACAUCAUGCCCUUCGAGUCCAGCCGUGUGUGUCUGCAGCCAAUCAGAGGGGUGGAGGGGUCCGACUACAUUAACGCCAGCUUCAUCGAUGGAUACAGGCAGCAGAAGGCGUAUGUCGCCACACAAGGUCCUCUCUCUGAAACCACGGAGGACUUCUGGAGGAUGCUUUGGGAGCACAACUCCACCAUCGUGGUGAUGCUGACAAAGCUCAGAGAGAUGGGACGGGAGAAGUGUCAUCAGUACUGGCCUGCAGAGAGAUCCGCACGCUAUCAGUACUUCGUCGUGGACCCCAUGGCUGAAUACAACAUGCCGCAGUACAUCCUACGGGAGUUUAAAGUCACAGAUGCCAGGGAUGGCCAGUCUAGGACGAUCCGCCAGUUUCAGUUCACCGAUUGGCCAGAACAAGGCGUGCCAAAGACAGGAGAGGGCUUUAUUGAUUUCAUUGGCCAAGUCCACAAAACCAAGGAGCAGUUUGGACAGGACGGACCAAUUACUGUUCACUGCAGUGCUGGUGUGGGCAGAACAGGGGUCUUCAUCACUUUAAGUAUUGUUCUGGAGCGGAUGAGGUAUGAAGGGGUGGUGGACAUGUUCCAGACCAUAAAAACGCUCCGCACGCAGAGACCUGCCAUGGUACAGACCGAGGACCAGUACCAGCUGUGCUAUAGAGCAGCUCUGGAGUACCUAGGCAGCUUCGAUCACUAUGCAACGUAACCACUCCCAGAAUGCCUCAGAACGGAGAGCCGCCGCUUGUUUCUGAGCCUUAAUCAUCCUACCUAUUCAGUCACCAUUGCUGGAGGGAGAGAGAGAGACUGACAAACAGACAGAGAGAAACGGCAAAUCAGAAGAGAGGAGAAAUCACUGGAACUUCAGCGCAAUCCUGUUCCUCUUCUGAAAACAGCAACAAACGCUUCCCUCUGGUCUCUAAUGCCCAGCUCCUGUCUCUGUAUAACCUUACUGCUUUAUGAUUAUGAUCAUUUCAUUUCAUACCGAUCAUCAUCUGCCAUUGUUUUUAUUAUUAUUAUCAUCAUUAUUAUUAUUGUAUCAUCAUGACGAUUGCUAUAUCUGUCAGAAAAUACAAUAUUUGUAUCAUUUAUGCUGAUCGUUGCAUAUCUAAGGGGUUCUUUUAUUCUUCUUUUUUUUCUUAUAUUAUUAUUAUUAUUCCUUUAUAAUUUUUUCGUAUAUGUUCAGUUAUUUUUAGCAUAUGUGGACAUGUAUUUUCACAUGACCCAGGUUACUAAUACUUUAAGAGGUGUACUCAGAGCUGCUGAUGAUUUCUUACUUUUUUCAUCAUUAUUGUAUUUUAAUGAUCUACUUUUAUUUGGUGGGGAAAGGGGAUCUUUUAUAAAAUAUACAAUUAAAAACAACCUUUUCACCUCC